AUGAAGGUACUAUGUGUUGCUGAAAAAAAUUCCAUUGCAAAGGCUGUAGCGGGUAUAUUAGGAGGUGGGCGUUCACGGAUGCGUCCAUCAAGCUCUAAAUACAUUAAAAACUAUGAUUUUGAGUAUAGCUUCCCCUGGUUACCUGGUAAUGGCUCAAGGUGUGAUGUUACUAUGACAGCAGUUGCUGGUCACUUGAUGGAACAGGAUUUUGGACCGAACUACGGAUGGAAUAAAUGCGAUCCGAAAGAUUUGUUUCACGCAGAGAUCAUUGACAAGCCAAAUAAAGAGAUCGCAGCUAACAUAGCUAAGGAAUGUCGCAAUGCGAACUAUCUAAUGAUCUGGACCGAUUACGAUAGGGAAGGGGAAGCAAUUGGGUGGGAAGUUGCGAAGGUUGCGAUGCAGGCGAAUCCAUAUCUUAAUGAAGAGAAGAUUUACCGUGCAGUGUUUUCGCACUUGGGACGUGAGCAUAUUAUAAAUGCAGCUCGUAAUCCCUCAAGGAUUGAUAUGAAUGCAGUUCAUGCUGUGAAUGCUAGAUCUGAGAUAGAUCUUCGUGCUGGGUAUGCUUUUACUCGGUUACUUACCGGGACGCUUCAAUCCAAAGUAGAGAUGGAAAUGUCUACCGAAAAGAACAAAAAAAGAGCAAUUAUAUCCUAUGGUACAUGCCAGUUUCCUACUUUAGGCUUUGUUGUUGAUAGAUAUGAACGUGUCAAGAAUUUUGUACCAGAAGAGUUUUGGUAUAUCCAACUAAUUAUCGACGAUGUUGAACAGGAUAGGAAGGUAACCUUCCAGUGGGAUAGAGGUCAUCUAUUUGAUAGAUUAUCUGUGAUGACUAUCUAUGAGAUGUGCAUAGAGGAGGUGGGAUGUCGUGCAAAGGUGUGCAGUGUUACAGCUAAAGAAACAACUAAAUAUAGACCACUUCCGCUAACAACGGUGGAACUGCAGAAAAACUGCUCCAAGUACCUGAGGAUGUCUGCGAAGCAGUCUCUUGAUGCAGCAGAGAAACUCUACCAGAAGGGUUUCAUUUCCUAUCCAAGAACGGAGACGGAUUCCUUUUCAAAGCAAAUGGACCUACAAACACUCGUUCAACAGCAGAAAGAACAUCAACAGUGGGGAUCUUACGCAGCCGAUUUGCUAGAUGAAGCUGGCCAUCAUUCAAGCAAUAAAUUUCAAUGGCCGCGUUCAGGAACACAUGACGAUCAAGCACAUCCUCCAAUUCAUCCAGUUUUAUGUGUGCAGCCAAAUAGUGAUAUGUCGCUUGAUGAAAAGCGUGUUUAUGAGUAUGUUGUUAGGCAUUUCUUAGCCUGCUGUUCUGCUGAUGCCAAAGGAAGGACAUCUAAAGUACAGCUAAAGUGGCACACAGAAACAUUCACCGCUACUGGACUGCAAGUUCUGGAAGAGAACUUUCUAAAGGUUUAUACAUACCAGAAAUGGACUUCUAGUGUUCAGCUACCUAUUCUAGAGCUAAAUUCAGAACUAGAAAUAGCGAAAGGCGAAAUGAAAUCCGGUAAGACAACUCCACCAAAGUAUAUUACUGAGAGUGAGUUGAUUAUGUUAAUGGAUGCAAAUGGAAUUGGAACCGAUGCUACCAUUGCCGAACAUAUUGAGAAGAUACAGGAGAGAAAAUAUAUCAAAGCCGAAGGCUCAGCUAAAAACAAGGUAUUUAAACCAACAAUUUUGGGACGCUCUUUAGUGCAUGGGUUUGAAGAUAUCGGACUCGAAGAAUCAUUUGCAAAGCCAUUCUUAAGGCGUGAUAUGGAGGUGGAUCUCAAAUCCAUUUGUCAAGGCACUAAAAAUAAACAUGAUGUUCUGAAGAACAUAAUUGGAAUGUAUAUGGACUAUUACGACCAAACAAAUUCCCAACGGUCGAAGUUGAUAAAUUCAUAUGAUCGUAUGCGACGUGAAACGUAG